GCGAUGUGUGCCCGUUGUUCGACGAGAUUUCUUCUACCGCCGGUACCCGAUGUUGUUCAUCCUCCUGUACCCGAUAUCGGUUUGUCGAAUUUCACGUUAACGGAGGAGGAAAAUGCGGAUCCUGAAUUAUCUCCGGGCCUCUUCCAAGGCGAUAUGGCUCUAACGAAUGAUUUCUAUAAUUAUUGGCGGGUGGGGAUCAAGUUCGAUGCUUAUCCUGAUAAAUUGUGGCCGAAUGGUAUUGUGCCCUAUACUAUUAGUCCUUUAUAUGAGCCAUCGGAGCAAGUGACUAUAUUAAAAGCGAUGAAAAUCAUCAAUUUCAUGACUUGCAUCAAGUUAGUACCGUGGGAUGGUAAGGCGAAGGAUUACCUUCUAAUUUGGCCCAUAAAAUACCCGAAAGGUUGUUGGUCGUUCGUCGGAAGGUACGGAGGAGCCCAAAUUUUGAGUUUACAACCACCAGAUAAUAAAGGUAAUAACUGUUUAGGCAACGAGGGAAGGGCCAUACACGAGCUGAUGCACGCCUUGGGCGUUUUCCACGAACAGUCCCGCUGGGACCGCGAUAAAUUCGUGAAAAUCCACACCGAUAACAUAAUACCGCAAUUCAAGGGGAACUUCGACAAGCAGAGCCUAGACAACACGACGUACAGCUUCGAAUACGACUACGAUUCGAUCAUGCACUACGGGAAAUUCUUCUUCAGCAAGAAGAAAGGGAAACCCACCAUCACCCCGAAGCAGCCGAACGUGAAGAGCAUCGGCCAGAGAAAGGGGAUGUCCAAGGGGGAUUGUCUCAAACUGAACGAUUUGUACGGGUGCUAUAAGAAUCCCGGCAAGCGACGGAAGUACUACAACAUUUGCAAUUUCAUGGGUGUGUAAAGGCGAUUCCAAUAUCAGUAGUAGUACCAGGUAGAUUAUAAUUAUUAAUCCCCCGUUUACGCAAAAUUCGUAGAUUUCUUCUACGGUAUCGUAGAAGUUCUCGUUUUAUUGCUGAUGAUUGGAGUGAUUUCAUUUUUGAUUAACUUUUUGUUCAAUUCAAGUACCAGUUUGAAAUUUGGUCCCUCUUAAAAAUUGAAAGUGAUUCAAAUAAUCUGGUAAUACAAGACGGAAACUGAGUACAAUAUGUACAUCUUUUAUCAAACGAGUAAACAAGUUUACUUAGAUAAUUAAUUUAUUCGAAGGAGUAAAUGUUGUGAGGGAAUUGCAUUUUAGUGUGUUUGUUUGAAUAUGCAGCGCCGGUAAUAGACAGAAAAAAUGAAUCGAACUAGCUCGUGGAAAACAAUUUUAUUCUCGGUAACGUUAAAAAAGUAAACAAUACGACAAUUAAAAUAUCAUUUUGUUAUUUAUUAAAAAAUUAGCUGCAUCCAGACAGACAGUCAACAGAUAAGAACGUACAAGUACGUUGUAUUUGUUCGAAAAUUACUUCAUAUCUUUGGAACUAUUUAGAUAAACGUCUGGUCUUUGGUCUAGUUUUUUUUCCGUCACGAGAUAAGGAUAAUAUCCGAAGGUGAACGCAAUGGGAUCCGUGCAGGAAUUAAAACUACUAUAUUGUUUAUAAUAAAAUUGUAUUUGUUUAUAAUAAAUAAGUAUUUUGUUAAUAUGUACACUGAAAUUCCAAAUAUCGCGUCUACGUUAAGACAUUUUAAACAUUCAUCUCGUCUUCGCGUUUAAUAUCAAUCACAAUAUUUUGAUCAUUUAUAAAAAGAAACAUUUAAAAUGCCGUACAAUAGAACGUUUUCCUAUGCUUUACAUCGAAGUAGAACUAAUGUCAAAGAAUGUCAAUUUUGAUUGUAUUUAAAUUUGUACACGAACAAAUUUAAUUUAGGGGGCGAACUGCUCAGAAACACUUUUUUUUCCUUACUAUUAUUUAUAUUCGAUCUACGAUCAACAUUUAGAAACAUUUUAAAUUUACGAAAUCAGCGCAGUUAAUACUCUUCGAAACAGUGUUCCUAUCGCAGCAUAUAUACAGGGUGGAAUUAAUGUUUCGGUAGACAUUCGAUCCGAAUUGCAGCGCGAAAGUUUCCAUCCGCUUGUAAAUAAUACCUAUCGGCGGGGAAAAUUCGACGGGCAAUCGGAAAGCGAAACAAAACGAUCAUAAUUUACCUAGUAUUGCGUUUAAUGUUAAUAACUUAAAGGUUUUUUUUCACUUCGCAUUAAUCGCCACCCUGUAUAUAUUUCGAAAAAUACAGGAUUAAGCCGAAUCUAAUCAAUUUUCUUUAAGGUUACGAACAAAUCGAACGCUUCGCGAGUGCGCAAGCGCCACUUUCCGUCGAUUUUUCUCUUAAAUACCUAUAAUUAAUUUUUUGUAUUUUUUUCUCUCUCUCCCUCUCGCUCAUCUUAUAAACAAUAUUUAAAAACAGAACAAUGUUCUACUGUUAAUUGUUUUAUUUUUUUUUCUUUAAGUGAAAUAUCAUUUAUCGUUCUACGAGUUGCGGGUCAAAUGCCAAAUUGUUUAUUCUUUUGAUUUAAUUAAAUACUAUUAGUUUAUUAUAUUAUACACCUUCCCUUAGAUAGAGAUUUAACAGCGAGGUUCGGGCUACGAUAUUUACUUAAUUUUUCUUUAUAAAUCGAUAUCGGUGCUGCGUAAAAAUUUCUUUUAUAAUAAUUACCCUAAAUUAUAAUAAAAAGUGUAUUUAAACAAUUCGAUUAAUUACCUAACAUUAAAAUUAUUGUAAUUGGCAUUGCCACCUCGCAAUUAAGUCUCCUUUUUUUGCAAUGCAAUGAUAUUUUCGUUUACGUAAUAUAAAUAGACUCUACGAAUAUACAAUAUAAAAAAUUCUACUGAAUAAUAAACGAAUAAAAGAAAUGACUGGGCGCGAAGUAAACGUUUAUUUUUAAUAUAAAUAAUUAUUAGAUAUCGUAUGAAAAAAAUAUAACUAAAUAAAUUAAAUAUGAGACCAUACAAUGACGGUUUAAACAAUAAUAAUAAUAACAAUAUUUAUUCAUCUCCUCUCUUGCUGUGAUAGUUAUUUAUUUAUUUCAAUAAUAAUCGAUGCGUUUGUUUAACAUUUUUAAUCCCAUCGAGGCGCUUCAAUGAAAACAGUGACGGCCAUUUAUACAACUAAUUUUAAAAUACUGCUGUACACGCUAAUUUUGAGUAUUUUUUUCCCGUUAAAAAUAUUAAUCAACACUUAGUCUAAAUAAAAACUAAAACAGCCUUUACAAUUAUUAUAUCUAGGGCUACGAUUUUUCGGUACAUACCGGGCGUUUUCGGGAAAUUUUUUAAACACAUCCCGCCAUGUUUUGUAUGUAGAUAGAUUUUUCGUUGGGGAAACCCGCCUGAUUUCUUGUCAAUUUAUCGACAGUUGGCGGAAAUAAUCAAGUCACCUAUGAUUUACUACGUCACAAGUAGGCAGUGUUGCCGAGCUUUUAUAGAGUUUGCAAAAUCUGAGAAUUUUCUAAAAUUGUCGAAUGGUAAAACG